GGAUGCAGCUUUGGUCCACAACACACAUCAUCUCCAUCUCUCGAACAAGACAGCAGGAGGAGGAGAAGCUCCAGCUCGGAUGAAAUAAAACUACAACUUACAGGGAUCGACGAAGAGAUGUGUCCGCAAAAGCUUUGAUUUGGCCCCUUUACAUCCUCUUCUUCCUCCUCCUCCACCUCCACCUCCUUCUCCCAUCUUAACGGAGGAGCAUCCCGCACACUGACUCCACUCCGACGGGCAAGCAGAAAGGCAGCCGAGCAGGCAGGCGGACUGAAACAAGCCAGACACGAUGCGUGGAUCCCCCCGACAUGGGACAUCCGUGGGAUUGUUAGUGGUGCUGAACGCGCUGCUGUUGUUGCUCGCGACGCAGGCUGCAGAAGGAGUGUUAACGGACCAUGUUCUGGUUCAGCUGCACGAGGACGCACAGGACGAGGCGCACCAAGUUGCAACACAACAUGGGUACCAGAGCGCCCGAAAGCUUCCCUUUGGAGAGGGGCUCUUUCACUUGUACCCUCAGGACACUUCAAAGAGACGGAGCAAACGCAGCGCCCGAAGCAGACAGCGGCUCCAAAAUGACCGCAGGGUAAAGAACGUCUUUGAACAGGAAGGCUUCAGUCGUCAGAAGCGCGGCUACAGAAAUAUCAAUGAUAUCGAAGUGAACAUGAGCGACCCUCUGUUCACUAAACAGUGGUAUCUGAUAAACACAGGCCAGGCAGACGGGACCCCUGGGUUGGAUCUUAAUGUGGCUGAAGCUUGGCAACUGGGCUACACAGGGAAAGGAGUAACCAUCGCAAUUAUGGACGAUGGAAUCGACUAUCUUCAUCCAGACCUGGCUUCAAAUUACAAUGCUGAUGCCAGCUACGACUUCAGCAGCAAUGACCCGUUCCCGUUUCCCCGCUACACAGACGACUGGUUCAACAGUCACGGCACACGCUGUGCAGGAGAGGUGUCUGCAGCAGCCAACAACAACAUCUGCGGUGUAGGAGUCGCCUACAACUCCAAGGUGGCAGGUAUCAGGAUGUUGGACCAGCCCUUCAUGACUGACAUAAUCGAGGCGUCAUCCAUCAGCCACAUGCCGCAGGUUAUUGACAUCUAUAGCGCCAGCUGGGGGCCCACGGAUGACGGAAAGACUGUGGAUGGACCCCGAGAGCUUACACUGCAGGCUAUGGCUGAUGGCGUCAAUAAGGGGCGCGGAGGUAAAGGCAGCAUCUACGUGUGGGCAUCAGGAGACGGUGGUAGCUAUGACGACUGCAACUGUGAUGGUUACGCCUCGAGCAUGUGGACAAUCUCCAUCAACUCAGCCAUCAACGAUGGACGCACUGCCCUGUACGACGAGAGCUGCUCGUCCACUUUGGCGUCCACGUUCAGCAAUGGACGCAAGAGGAACCCAGAGGCUGGCGUUGCCACCACAGACUUGUAUGGGAACUGCACACUGCGUCACUCUGGGACAUCAGCCGCAGCUCCAGAGGCAGCGGGUGUCUUUGCUCUGGCCCUCGAGGCGAACCCAAACCUGACGUGGAGAGACAUGCAGCACCUGUCAGUCCUAACCUCAAAGAGGAACCAGCUCCAUGAUGAAGUCCAUCAGUGGCGGAGAAACGGCGUGGGUCUCGAGUUCAACCACCUGUUUGGCUACGGUGUGCUGGAUGCCGGGGGAAUGGUGAAAAUGGCCAAGGAAUGGAAAACAGUGCCUGAGCGUUUCCACUGUGUAGCCGGAUCCAUUCAGGAGACCCAUAAAAUCCAGUCCGGCAACAAGCUGAUUCUGGCCAUCACCACUGAGGCCUGCCAGGGGAAGGACAACUUUGUCCGCUACCUAGAGCACGUUCAGGCGGUGGUCACCGUCAACGCCAGCCGCCGUGGCGAUCUAAAUAUCAACAUGACCUCACCCAUGGGCACAAAGUCCAUCCUGCUGAGCAGACGACCCCGUGACGAUGACUCCAAGGUGGGCUUCGACAAGUGGCCCUUCAUGACCACCCACACUUGGGGCGAGGAUCCCCGUGGGACCUGGGUCCUGGAAGUGGGCUUUCAGGGGGAGGAGCCACAGCGGGGAGUCCUGAAGGAGUGGACUCUCAUGCUGCACGGAACACAAAGUGCCCCUUAUAUAGACCAGAUAGUGCGUGAUUAUCAGUCCAAACUAGCAAUGUCCAAAAAGGAGGAGCUGGAGGAGGAGCUGGAUGAGGCUGUGGAGAGAAGUCUGAAGAGUUUGCUGAGUAAAAACAACUAAGACCCAUCUGCAUGUCGUCAAAUCUUUCACUUUCUCUUUCUCCCUCUCUGCAGUCUCGCUCUCUCUAAAUCACACACAUCACCUCAGUUCUUCUCACUUGAUUAUUAUCCUCCCUUCUGUCUACCUCUUAUCCCCUCCUCACUCCGCUUUCUGUUCUCAAGUGUUUCAAUUAGCCCCCAACCUCCAAUGAAUGUGCGUGUAACCGAACCAUCAUCCAAGUGUAACUUUUAAUAACUGUUCUAGAGAAAUGAAACUAUCUCACCAAUUUUUACACUCGACAGGAUUGUACAUAAGCAGAAUAUAAUCCACGUUCUUUCAUGCUCUUGCUUUGACCGCCCUGCACCUCUCUUCUGCCAACUGUUGUACAGUUUGUGACUGUAAAUGAUUUUCUGUGUCAUUCUACUUAAAGUUUAUUAUCUUGCAAACAGAGCAGUGAUACUUCUUUCUGUUUAUAUUUUUAUGUGACACGCACUGUUUAUAUAAACAAAGAGAGGAAUAUGUGUUUUUAUUUUGCAGCCUGUGGUCCUCAGUUCAUCUUUCAUAAUCUUUGACAUAUACUAUAAUAAAUCUAU